AUGGCCAAGAAGAGCAGAGUGAGGGCGCUUCUGACCGAAACAAGUAGGGCCGAAGUACCGUCACCAAGCCAAACGCAGCCUGCCGUCGUGGCCCUCCCCACUCAACAACCGUCUUCAUCGCGCCGCACCAAGCGCGCCCGAACCAGCGAGUCCGAACCAAAUUUGGUUGAUGAAGAUGAGACUGUUAUUCCACCAAUCUUGCCACCGAGCCCCCAACCGGAACCUACCAACCGAACUGCCACCCGUUGGGUACCAAAAUUGACUUUUAAAAACCGAGAUGUCGUGGAUGCUGAUUCGGUUGUCGCCGAAAAAGAUCAUGAGUUGGCAUUUAAUCUGGCCAAGGGAGUGUGCCUCCCCAAGGAUAUGGAGCACCACCGAAAGCAGCUAAACACCGAAUUAAAGUCCAUUCGGUCUGCAACGAAGUCCAUGAUCCUGGCAAUUCAAAAGAACUACAAUACUCACAAGAAGGUGCUGGAACUCAGACAAACUGCAAGGGAUGCUGUUGCAGAAGCCGAAGUGAAGUCGGCCGAAGUAGAAAAAAUCAAGAAGCAAAUGGCCGAGCUUCAAGCUGAGAACAGCAGGCUGACCGGACUGGUUAGUUCGGCUGAGGCAGAAAGGCAGAAGACUGCCAUAGCUCUUAAGGACAAAUACCUGCACGAGCUGGUGAAGCUCGAAAGAAAGAAGGAUGCCGAAAUAAAGGAGAAGCAGUUCCUUGAGGGCUCAGACGAUGAAGAUUCUGAUGAUGACACUGCCCCUGAGGAUACUUCGGUUGUGAAUGCAGAUCAGGCAAUUCAAAAGAACUACAAUACUCACAAGAAGGUGCUGGAACUCAGACAAACUGCAAGGGAUGCUGUUGCAGAAGCCGAAGUGAAGUCGGCCGAAGUAGAAAAAAUCAAGAAGCAAAUGGCCGAGCUUCAAGCUGAGAACAGCAGGCUGACCGGACUGGUUAGUUCGGCUGAGGCAGAAAGGCAGAAGACUGCCAUAGCUCUUAAGGACAAAUACCUGCACGAGCUGGUGAAGCUCGAAAGAAAGAAGGAUGCCGAAAUAAAGGAGAAGCAGUUCCUUGAGGGCUCAGACGAUGAAGAUUCUGAUGAUGACACUGCCCCUGAGGAUACUUCGGUUGUGAAUGCAGAUCAGGUUGACGCCGAUGCUGCCUUCGAUGCCGAGAUCGAAGAUCUUUUUUCUUGA